CAUAUGGUCAGAUACAAGAAUGAUAGUUAAUUUAUUAAAUACCCAAUCUGAAAAUUUUCAGCAGUGGCAUCAUUGGCAGAUGUUAUAAAAAAUGCGAGUUUUGACAGCUCUCUCUCGAAUCAAAGAGUUUCGUACCAUGUUAUCUAUGAUCUAUGCACGUCAAAUAAACCUAGGGUUAUCCAUGAUGAUGCACGUGGUGCAAGUAGUUAAGUUUUAUAUUGCAGAAUUGUGGCACCCAGAAGCAAUGGAAAUUUUAAAGACUUUAUGGAGCUUUACCAAUGUUCCGGCUCCACAAUAUUCUAUCAAUUUAGGUAAAUAUAAAUUAUUAUUAAAUGGUUUUGAGACUAGUGAUGACAACAUAAUAGGGACAUCUGAAAAUCAAUACUUUUUACUUGCAGGUGUUGGAGUUUAAAUUUCUAUGUAUAAUAUGUCUAAAGAACCUGCACCGUAUCGUUGUGACGUAUGAAGCGUUAAUGUAUCUAAUUAUGAAAAUUUUUUACAAGAACGUCUGAAUAUUACUGUGAAAAUAAGUAUUGCAGACAAAAUGAUUAAUGUCAUUGGUAUAUAGCAUGAUUAACCAAUCGCCAAGAUCUAACAAGGUUUGCUGAUUACCAUACCCGCAUACGAUGCAGUGUACGCCAUAGACUCGAUAAAAUAGUCCAGGCGUCAUAGUCUGAUGGCAAGUUGAGAUGUGCACGGAGUAGUUACAAAAAGUGGAAAAACCUUCAACAUAUACAUAUUAUAAAGCUUUAUUUGUACUUUGAAGGAUGAAAUCGCAGAAAAAUACAUUAAAAGAAUAUGUUCGGCAACUAAGGAACUUUGCAGCUCAUUAGCCUUAUGCGAGAGGAAGGUAUAUUUAAUGUUUAUUCGAUCAUAAGAAAUAUCUCUGUAAUUAAUGUAUGCUUUCAACAUUGUUUACUAGCAAUGAAUAGACCUGAUAAAACCGUUGAGCGUUGAAUAAAAAAAAAUACACAAAUAUUCCACUAGA